AGAGCUCUUUUUCAAGAUGGCGUCCAACAGUGGCUUUGCUCUUCACCAUGUCCUCCUUCAACAUAUCUGCUUCCACUCCACAGUCAGCAGCAGCAACAAAAUAUUUCACUAACACAAAAUCUUCACCUGGACUUGCUACAUGUCAACCACCCCGAUAACAAACUGGCCCUCAGUGAUGACACCUUGGAUACUGUCAUCUCAGCCACUGAUGACAGUCCGGCAGCUGACAUUCUUGAGCAGAAAAGAUUCAACAGUCAUUUCUACAGUCUGUGUCAAGUUGAUUCACAUCGAAGCUUACUGUCAUCAGGAAAUGACAGCAGAGAGGGACUAUGUGUUACUGACCUCACUGAAAUUACCAGCAGAAACAAGAAUCACUUAUUUGUUGAUGGCAGCGGCUGCUCUCAGGACAGACUGGUCCAAAAUGUCACAGUAGAUAAACAUGAUGACACAGACAUUGCUAUCAGAGAAUUUGAGAAAAUCUCCAGGCAGAUUGCUCACUUAUCUCAAACAGUCAACGACCUGGGUUUAAGCUUGUCUAGUCUAAACAGUGAUGACCUUGAAGCAGCCACAGGUGUGUACGACACAGUAUUGUCAGCCCAUCAGCCAGAUCAUAUGUGUAGAAAGUACAUCACUGAUGGCUACCAUUGGGCACACGAUGAGUUUGCUCCCGCUGUCUGUCAUGGAGAGUGUCUCCAGGGAGCUUAUUAUCUCAACCAAGAUAUCCCUUGUGAUGGUGCCUCUGCUGCCUUUACUUGUCAGGAUUUGAUCAAUGGUGAAACUUCCAGCUCAGAAUUGUGCCAGACUUCAUUACAAGAACAUUACAACAGAUUCCUCAGCACCAAUUCUUCAGGACAGGAUGAGAUAUUUGCUCAGACAAUUUUCGAUACUGUCAGAGAAAACCCACAUGCCAAGAGAAGAAAUCAGACCUCAGACAGGUCAGCAGGUGGCCGAGGUGGUGAAGUUGCAGCUUCUCCUGUAGCUGUGAAGACCAACAUUUGGAAGUCAGAUUUUCGCGGGACUAGCCAUCAGAUGAGACAAGAAGGAGGACAGGUUGGGGAAGGGCACAUUGAAGGACAGCAAAACCAUUCAGUCAGCGAAAAACAGGGAAAGGAACAUACAGAUAAUCUGGCCAGUUCAAACAAUGAGAGUGAUGACAGUCUGGCAAGUGACAUUGGCUUGGACCAUGUGAUGUGCCAGAGACUUUUUGGUCGCAAAG